GUUGGUGGUAUUUCGUUGUGUGGCAGCCAUCCGUCAGGUCUCUGAGACCUCAAGUGAUAUUGGCCCUCUUACACAUGAAGUGAUGAAUAAAAUGCUUGGGCGAGAAUGCGGGCCGGAUGAAUAUGCGGAAGCCCGGGAUAGCUUUAUGCGCGGCUCAAAUUUGCUAGGCUUGCUGGAUGUGCAAAAGGAACGUUUGAAGGUUUGGCGAUCGCGACUUAGUGCGGAACAGUUGCGAGCCCAAGGCGACUCUACUCCUUGCAUACAAAGGAAAACGACCCCUGAAGUCUCAAACUUACCCAUAGGUCAACAAUUUCCGACCCAUCGAGAUGCCAUGAACGCCUUGUACAGUUUGCUUUGCGAAAUGGCAUUCGAAGAUGCCAAGCAAGCUUUCGCAUCACACCACACGUCUACAGUUGUUGGAGCCGAUCCUUCACAUGUCAUAGCCGAUAUGGUUUAUAGUGCGUGCCACGUUGCUAAUAUUCUUGAUCUGGCCGUGUCGAAUACGUCGGACAUCUACACGAUGAGCCUAGCAGAGGUCUUGCUUCAACUUGUAUUUCUCUGGCGGUCGGAUGAGCUUUUUGCCUACAUUCUGGAUGUUUUAUGGCCCCGGCUUGAGACGCAUGGAAAGGGCUACGAGCACUCCCACUACCCUACACAUCUCGUCAAGCGUAUUAUAACUCAAAUUGCAGUAUACUGGGAGCAAGGUCGAGUGGUAAACUUUGCCCUGCCAGCAGUCGCAGAGAAUAUAUCGAAGUUAAGCCUGUUGGAUAUUGACCACCCGAUAGACCUGGUGGUAUGCGGAUAUAACACGGAUGGCAUGUAUUUCAUCGAGAAAAUCCCGCUGCCUUAAUGGUCUUUCUAAGUGGGUAUAUGCUGUCAAGAUAACUACAUCUGCUGUAUACGUGCCACGAUGUGCCUUACAAACUCCUGUGCGACAAUAUAUUUGUAUUACGCGUCCCGGCAACGACGGUACCUGCGGACUUUCUUUUCCGACUUGCGGUAUUUGGUUGUUGCCCGCAAGGUUAUGCGAACGUUGCUCCAGAUCAACAAUCCGAAGACCAAGAUGUCCAUCGAUGAGAGGCUGGGUACGGAGGCUUGUAGCGGCCACUCCGCAACAACAGUACUACGGCCCACCUGGGCAUCAGGAGCAACUGUUGUUAG